AUGUUCUCUGAUAACUGUCCGGCCGAAAGCCUUAGACUGUGUCGCUCUGGUGGCCACGAUAAGCAGAAAGUGAUAGACGCCGACCUGCGGUCAUGCCGAUCUGAACAACACCUCUUCACAGCCGCGGGCAACGUUACUUUAAGUGACAGAUGUCUAUCUUUCAAAGAUUUGGCUACCGUGCCAGACGUUCAGUGGACGAGGGCUCGGGUUCCUGAGGCCUACAUGACCUAUCCAAUGGAUGUGGACCUCAAAAAAGUCGUGAUGGCAUAUUCCUAUGGCCUGGCACUGAACGUAGUAAGUACUAUUUGAAAAUAUUUUUCUGAUUUUUACAUUGGCGAGGAAGCUUUGGUACAUUGUCCUACUCCGUUUAUAAUGUUUUUUGGAGCGACCAUCGGGGUCCAAGGGCUGUUUGAAAAGGCAAAACUAUAUGUGCAAAUCGGUCAUUCAGGAAUCGGCAGUCCUCAUUAAUGCACCAUUAAUUGGGUAUUAUAAAUCUAGGUUUGUAACAUAGCAAGUGUCAUCUCAACCGUCAUCGGCAGUGAUCAGUCAGGGAAUAUUCAUCGUAGGAAUGACAGGUCGUACCACGAACACAAUAUGGAUGGCGAUUAUUUCCUACGAUCCUAAACUGACACUCAGCUGUUAUCCGCGUCCUUGAGAGAGUACAUUGUUUUGUUUGUAGUCCUACAGGAUGGUUUCAGUUAUGGCUGGAUGAGUCAAAAAAUAAUAUGCUCAAAGCUAUCCUCCAUCCUUCUACCGAACUUCUGGCAUUACGCAGCUUGAGCGAGUCAGGGCUGGUGGGUGGUUGGCCACUAAUGAGCACUGCCAUCUAUUCGGAAUUGGCUUGCGUCGUGAACGCACCAGAUCGAUCUGCUAUCGCAACAGCUAAAGCCAUAGCGUAACCCCGGCCAGGUUCCCGAUUAGGAGAGAGAAAAGAGCUGGACGUUACUUCGAGAGAGGAUCUAUUCUGUACAGAGUAAGGAAAGCUGGCAGCCGGACGGCGCCGCGAAGCCGGCGUCCUCCAGAGAGACGUCGCAGGUGUCGCCGUAAGUUGCCGCAGCAAAAGUGUCGGGGCAGGUUGUUUUCAUAACCGGUCUGCUGUGUUCUCCUGUGUAACCAAUCAUCGAAAGGAGUUUCAUCGAUCGACUCUGAGCCCACGCGAAGUUAUUGAAAAGCUGCAAUAUCCUGCGUAUUCGGGAGGAACAAACUGAGAAUUACUCGAAUCCGUGUAUAGCUUCCGUUUCUUGGUCAGAGAAUCCGGUGUUUGGACGUUCGUGCCAAAAGCGCCCAUCAUACAGCAUUCGCACGCGGGCAAACCAGUAAGUGGCGAGGAUUAGACGACAGAAGGAAAAUGCAAGCUGUUUAUUAAAGUGCGAGAGGCAACGUCUAACUGGAUGCUCAUACUAUUACCAGGUUUGCUAAAAACGGAACGAUAAUGAGCAAUGGAAAAAAACUGUCAGGAAAGAUAAUAUUUGAAACGUUGUGGGUACAAAUAUAUACACAAGACAUGGAACGUGGAAAACCGAGAAAACUAACGAAACGGCAUAACUAUGUAGGUAAAAAUAUAAAAGGAAGCAAAUAGGUGGAAGCGUCAAAGGUUGACUUAUCCGGUUGUCGGCCGUCGAUGGUGGUUCGCACGCAAUCAGGUCUCACGAUCGACCAACAAAAGAUUGAUCACCGAUUAUGACAAAGGGGCCUCUGUCCGUCACUUCUGCUAGGGUGUUACAAAGCCUCGCAUAGUGCAGGCAGAGAAUCGGCCAGAAGUUUGGUGUGCACAGAAUUGCAGCGAGACAAAUGGAAGCUAGGCGGACAUGCGUGCCUAAAUCAACUGUCGCUAGGCGCAGGUACCAGCGAGAGGCGCGACGUCGCCGUGAUGACUACUCGCAACACCGCGUCGGAUUUCUGUAUUAACGCCACUCCAAUACUACUGAUACUACUACCACCGCUACUACCACUACUACUACUACUGCUACUAAAGCUACUACUACUAACAUUACCAGAAUGCAGCGUGACUUUGUAAAUAAAAAUAUGAGUCUUCACCCUGCUUAUUUUCGACACUGUCUGCCGACAAUUCUAUAGUACGAAAAACAACCAUCAUCUCCUCUGAGUUUCUCUAAAACAUUUUUUGGGAUUCUGAGUGUUCAUAUAGAGGUUUUCUCCCCUUUAUGAGUUUUUUUUAAAUAAGUAACCCACUUAUCAACAGAAAUAGACACAAAAUGUACCUAAGGCUACCUGAAUGCCCAAGUGGGCGUCCCAGAAACUGUCCUAACAGUGAAUCAAGUUAAAGUCGAAUUGACAUUUUAGGGGACGUAAUUCUCUGGCAAUUGUAACUGGUUAGGUGCCGUCAUAAAAGAACGGUGGAACGUUGCACAUAGCCUCAGUUAUAAUGUUGUCCGCAUUUUGCGUCAGUCCUGGGGUCGACUGACCAAUGUGGGCGGCCGUGAUUGGUCAGGCAUCACAUUGAGCCUCCUUAGCUCGGCGAUGGGCUAGAUGUGAUGCGAAAAUCAUGGAGAAAAUUGACUUCAAUGAUGAUUGAAUAUGUGAGCCCAUGCUUUCAUUAUCGUAGCAUACCUACUUACUUGCUUCUGGCAGGUCCUUUAUGUUAGGGUUGAGUUUCUUACCGCGUCUUUGAAAACAGUUCAACUUAGAAUUAAGUCCUGGGUUAGAGAAAGGGCUGGUUCUGGGCUUAGGAUUAGGGUUGGGUUAAAUUUCGCUUGGCACAUACUGUCCCACCCAACCCGGCCAACUUUAACCGAUAACCCUGGAUUACCUGUUCACUGUCACUCUUCACGCUCCUUAUAAACAUGUUUUAAUUUGCGCGCGGUCUGCUUCGCCGCUUCGUUAAAGGAGUAAAACAAGUACAUGACAGGAAUGCGAGUUUCCUCAAUGUCUUCCACAGGCCACGACAUCCGUUGAUUCACGCACGGAAAUCUUUCGUAAAAGGCAAGUACUAGAGAUUUUCUUCCCCAAACCUAGUUAGCUCUAGUUCAGCUAUCGAUAAGUGGCCGUCCAUAUCGUCCUGGUGUUUACCAACGUUGCUAUACCAUCUCCAUAGCAAUACCAUUCGUUUAGUCAUUGUAGCACCCCAGACGGGAAUCCUUCGUGAAGGCGAGUACUAGGGGUUUUCUUUCCCCAACUCCGUUAGAAUCGGUCUGCCUUUCGAUACGUUGUAAUCUAUACUUGGGAGUUUCUUCCCUCAGGCCCAUAGUGUUCUGUUUACAUUUCGAUAAGUUGUCAUUAAUACCGAUCACAGGUACAACUGUGUUACCUUUAGCGGAUACGUCAACGAUACCAUACUUUGAGUCACUGCAGCCCCAGGGGGAAAUCGUUCGUAUACGGUAUGAUCUAGAGAUUUCCUUCUCCCAUUUUUGAGUUCGGUGUAACUUUUAAUAAGUUGCAAUCCAUACCAGGUGUUUUGUUCCGUCCAUCUCCUGGGGUUCGGUUUAUUUCUCAGUAUGUCACCAUAAGUACCGGCCGCAGGUUAAACAUAGAUGGCUUUAGAGCCUACUACAUAGACGCCAUCCGUCGAGUCAGUGUCUACACACGGAAAUCUUUCGCAAAAAGCAAUUACUAGAGAUUUCCUUUUGCCUCUUUUAGGUUUAGUUUACCUUUCGAUAGGUUGUCAUCCACACCAGUAGUUUUGUCCCUCCAUCCUUUCAAUAAGUUGCCAUCAAUACCGGUCACAGGUUCAACGACGUUGCCUUUUGCGGAUAAGACAUCGAUGUCAUCUGUUGAAUCACUGCUGCCCCCAUGAUAAUCGUUUGUAAACGGAAAGUACUAGAGACUUUCUUCCUCCCCAAACCUCGUCAGUUUAAGCUCAACUUUUGGUGUGUGACUAUCCAUAACAUCCUGGUGUCCAAGGUGGUUACUUUACCAGGUCGAUAGGAAUGCGCUUCUUUUAGUCACUGCAAAACCCCCACACGGAAAUCUUUUGUUAAGCGGAACUUGUAGGUAUUUACUUUCUCCCCAUUCUUAGGGUUAAGUUGUCCUUUCGAUGGGUUCCAUUCCCUAUUGGGGCGUUUCGUUCCCUCAGUUGCCUGGGGUUCGGUUCCACUUUCGAUUAAUUGUCAUUUGACCUGACGUUCGGGUCGAUAUCAUGGCCUUACCGACAGUCGAUGGGGAUCAUCAGCGUUGCUGGCAUGUAAUCUUUCAUUUAUCGUAUCUGGUAACCGGUUUCAGCUUAGUUGACCAUGUCGUUCUCAGUGAUCGAUUUUUCCCUGCCAAAGCUAUCGCAGUCACUUUCACCGAACAUACGGACAAGCGAUAUUAACACAAGUUUAAAAAAACACACCAACAAUCCGUUUAAGGGACCUUUAGGUCAAGGCGGAACCAUAUUCACUAUUGGGCUUUGUCUCGAUGGCGUUUGUGUGGCAGCUUAUUUCAGGAUUCAGAAAAAUUUCUCGAGUGGUCAGCAAUGUAGUGUAAAUACCCUCCUGCAGGUAGGGCGCUGUAUGCCUUACAUUUAUCAGUAAUUAUUAAGCUGCAGGCGGCUUCGAUUGCUGGUAGGAGACCUUUUUCCUGACAGUACAAUAACACGUUGGUCAAUUCAAUUGCUUUCCUAAUGUUUUCCAUUCUCCAGGAGGCAUUUACAUGAGUACGCCUCUUUUUGGCAUUUGGAGUCCUUUCCAUAGCAUAUCUAUAAUACAAAAACAUACCUUUCUUUAACGAAUGUUGCACACUAGCAUGGUUACUUAGUAAAAACAACAAAGGAAUAUACUUUAUUAGCAAUUUAUUCCGUAAAUUUUACCUAAAUUUCAUUUAUUCAGACAUUUGGCGUAGGUUUACCAGUUUAUUUGCUUAAGUUUACUUUUGUGGAGCACCGCUCAUACCAAAAUAUUCUUUACCGUACUGCAGCAUUGUGUCGUGCGGUUGGGUUAACGUUCACACUUUGCUCCUUUGGGAUUUUUAACGCAGUGUGUCCUUUGUUUCCCACUGGUUACUUCAGUGCCUUGGUCUCUGACCUUGGCGUCGCUAUUCUACGGGUGUAGUAUUUGUUUUAUUUUAGAUGUCACGUUUUGGUGCUACACUUUAUAAAUUGGAAUAUCUACUAGAAAGCAGACAAGGAAAGCUGGGUGACACAAUGAUGUGCCGAACGCCUCGCAGCUGUGUCAUGCAGCGGCAGAAUAUCGGUGAAACCUGCGUGUAUGGGCUUUUGGUUAGUACGUGUGCCGUUAGUAUCUAACCGCCUUACUCUAAAAUAUCAUCUUAUUUUUCUUUUCCGAUUCGCUUUCAAGGUCAUAGACGGAGUUACUUUAGUGGUAGUGGGCGCUCACCGAUCGCCCUUACGGAACUCACUCGUUCCAUUGUGCCUUACGGGCUCCGUCUCGAGCCCAACCAGCAGCCACACAGAGGCGCAUGAUAUAGGCAGUAUGUUAUUGCUACUUUUAAACUACUUAAUUUUAUUUAAGUUUUUGAAAACAGUCAUCACAAAAAGCCUUUUCUGCUUGUCCACCUGUUAAUUCAUCUGUCCCACCCGUAGAACUCCUAGUUCCGUCGGUCCCGUAAGACAUGUGGACCUAUCCUGGGUUAUUUGGAAGGGGUUUGUGUUAUAUCCUUGCCCAACAUUUAUAUAUCUUAAUUGCAUAGCGCAGUACGUUGCAUUUUUGAAAAUAAAGGAUAUUAACUCCACAUGCCAGGUUGCAUGGUUUAACGGCAAGCGAGUAUCCGCCCUCCAUUUCUUCCUGCAGAAUGCCAUCAACAACCCCAGUCUGUCUGUAGUCCGAAGCAGCAAGUCAGUUUGCCAGGCGGGGAGCACCGAUUCUUACUUAACGAUGAUCAUUGUGAAGAGCGGUCUCACCAACUACGCACAACGUCUUCGGUUGCGGGAAGUCAUUCGCCGACAGACUGGGCAUCUUAAUGCCACUGUGGGGAUCCUCUUCAGUCUCGGGCUUCCUGCGAAUGGCCAAGUGCCUUCCGAUCUGCUCAAGGAGAUCGAACAAUUCGAUGACAUCCUGCUCGCCAACUACACCGACACCUACCUCAAUCUGACACUCAAGACAAUUGUCAAUUUGCGCUUUGUUCAUCGCUUCUGCCUUCACGCCAGCUCAUCCUUCGUUUUCCUCGAUGAUGACCAUGCGAUAAAUCUGACACAACUGCAUACAUACUUCUCAAACUUUUCCUCAUCUAAAGUCCGUGGAAGCAUCUUUGGUUUCAUCAACUCCGACACCCCGGUGUUGCGAGCGCCUGGACGCAAAUGGUUCACGGAGCGGGAAAUGUUCCCGUUCGCGAAAUAUCCCAACUACGCGGCUGGCCCUUGUUAUAUCCUCGGUGCCGACCUCAUCCCAAAAUUUUCAAUUGGUGCAGCUUUCGUACGAAUGUUCCCCAUUGAAGACGUCUUUGUGGGUCUUAUUACCCUAAAGUUAGGUCUUCGCAUUCACCCUCUGCCCAAUAUGUACAUUCAUCAAUCACACCUUCCUCCGAACGUAUUCCCCUUGGUAGCAGGAGUGGACUUUUUCAACAGGCAACUUAAUAUAUAGAACUAUGCAGUUUACUGGAGCUCAAUGUCUUUGGCAUCAUUUCUGAGAGGCCUUCUUUAAUACAAGCUGCUCCUCGCGCCAGUGGGGCAGUCUUCUCUGCAAAUAUGCUCGGUCUUCCUUUUUUGUAUAUCAGCCGAGGACUUCUAGGCAGUGUGUCUAUGUGUUAGUUGACUCUUUUGUGAGGUCAUCCCAAUGUUUGCCAGACUGACCAAAUGUACGUAAUGCCUUGCAAUACUCACAGCUAUUUGGGACCAACUGACUACUAAACUCUCAAGGUAGGCAAACGUUUGCACACUGUCUAGACCAGAUACGUGUAUACGUGGUCAGCACAGUUGCUGCAGACGUAUGCGCGCACUUUCGUUGGUGUUUAAUAGUCGUGCCACGCACUUGUCCCGUCUCCUUUACUGCUGUGACCCCUUUGGCUGCCAUUCCUGCAAGGUUUGUCUUGGAGUCAGUACCGAACGUCAACUCUGAAUUGCACGGAUUAACAGCGUCAUUCAUCCUUCAAUCAGAAACUCAAGCUAGUGCGAAACUCGGUGGAAGAAGAACUGUCUGGACACGAAAGAUUUAUAUAAUGAGAUAGGGUAUAUGGGGACGGGGAGCGUAUAGUCUCAAUGAAGAUGAGGAUAAAGGCGGUCAAAAGGAAUUAUUGAGCACUUCACGGCUGUGGUUCUGGCUUGGGUACUACAUCCACUGGAGUCCUGCUCUCAACUCUGUUUGAAUCAUCGUUCUGGUCUGUAAGGUAAAGAAAAAAAAAGGCUCGACGGAAACACAGUACCACAAAUCGCCGUUUCGUCUUUUUUUGACUUCCCGCCAAUUUCGCCCCUGUCUGCCACUAAAGGCGAAAGGCAGUGGUAAGCAUGAACAGGUCGGAGGGGAAUACUGAUCGGUUUGAGUGCACCCGCUGAUGGCGAAAAGACUGAAAGCCGUCUUAUCAGGAAGUUUAAUCCAUUUAUUUACAAGUAUGAGGCGCAUAAGUGCAUUUUGAUACGAAAGUAAUACUAACACUUUUUUGACUCGACGUUUCUUAAUCCAUUUUAACGCAUCAUAGAGUCAGCUGCAUACGGGAUUAGUAUUAAUAAAAAAGGCCACGCCAGAGUCACAGAUCUUCGGGCAUGAAGUGGGUGUUUUCGCAAAUAGCUGGGCAAUUUCUUGGCGGAAAAUUCUCCAGUGAAUGGCUGUCGGAGGUUGCAACUGUUGCGUUAGUUUGUGGUAACUUCCAAUUUUACCACCGUUUCACAGCGCCUAGCCCGCUCACACAUUAUAUCUAUCCCGAUAUUUCGGAGGUGGGUCCGCACCUGUCGGAUGAGCCGUUGGACCGCUUGAGAAGCAGAACAGUUGGUCAUUGUCAUGGUUGAGACUCGGACUACAAUUGUUCCUCUUCCAAGCGGCGUUUCUGACACUCUCACACACAUGACAUACAGGCCGCUCCUAAGGUGGCGUAGCACGUGUUGUGGGGACCAGGUUGUGUGUGUGGGUCUGCAUAGAUGGGCUGUUUAGAAGCCUCCUUCACUGUUUGCGAUUCCCCUUUAGGUCGUGUGGACAUUGGAGACGGUGCAGUAAGUGCUGCGCAAAUCUGCCUCACUAUAAAUUGAUUCAGUUGCAAGUCACCACUGUUGCGCCCAUUCUGUUGGAAGAACGAUUGGCGUCGCUGAUCCCGACAUUGCAAUUGUCGGGCAGUUGAGUCCACAUCAACGAGUUCUCCAACUGAUGUGAUAAAGUAAUCGGAGCCAAAGACCGUUCAUAUGGAGUCCUGCGGUUUCGUGUCAUUUGCUAUGAGGUCUUGGUCGGGGUGUCGACAGGGAAACGUUUUUUGAAAUGGCAUUCAAGACUAAUCUCAGACGACAGGAUUACCAGCAUAAAAAGUCACAGUGCCACACAAAUCAACGAUUCUUCGUUUUCUUACAGAGGGUCAUUCGCCGAUGGAAUUCUAUCCCGACGUAUGUUGUUAAUUCCCCUAUCCUGAGUGUGUUCAAGAGAAAUGGAUAAUCGCCUGCUGAAAGACAACCCGAACUGCCGAAGCUUGAUCUAGGACAUUACUGAAAUGACUAUAAACAUACUACUAACGUGAUUUAAAUAGAUUGUGUUUGUGAGUUAAAAGUAACCCAAAUGGAAAUUUUCACAGUGCGAAUGCAAUGAACAAUGUUUUUCACGAUCAUUUCGAAAAUGUCGUACCUUUUCACAUAUAUGUUCCACUAUUAAAUUUAUGCAUUCUGCUCACCAAAACUGCAUCCAAAAUUGUUGUAAUUUAACUAUUUUCUCCUACAUAUGUACCGUCUAAAUGGAGUUUUCAGGGUUUCUGUCGUUCACUCCGAAUAUACUGACUGCGCACAGCAAGAAAUUGGAGGGGGGGGCGGAUUGGAUCUCAACUGAGUGGGAGUGCUAUAAAGGUCAAAUUUCAGAAGAAUUCGUUAUAGCCUGUUUCUUCGUCUUGAAAGGAGAACCGAGCAAUCUCCUCCAGUUUGCAGCCCUCCAAGCCGCAGUUUUAAGGCACAGUAAUGUCUGCAAAGGGCGUCUCUUUGUUUAUAGUGAGAAAUAUGUGAUGAGACCGUCAACCGCACUCCCUCUCUUCCGUCUACGAGUAUCAAUCAACUGUCCGAGACGGUCAACAAUCUGACGCGUAGAAUUGGCGCAGUGACUGACAUUGCUGGAGAGCCUGAAUUCGCGAGUCAUACAAACGGUAUGGCGCAUCACACAGCUCUCUAGGAUUUAAACAAAUCUGAUGUGCAUUUCGAAGCUCUCAUGUGUGAGAGUGCAAAGAGGUCAUAUUACGAAGGAGUCAUUGCAGCCCGACUUUCAGUCCACCAGAAACACACACUGGGCUUACUGUGAGGUCUUAGUUGGAUUGUCGGUUAGCAACUUUCCAAUUCACGGCUUGUAACGUACCGGGAUAUUUGCAAAGUACGUCAGAUGAUUUAUAGUGAGGAAUGUGAUCUGAGACAGUCGACCGCUCUCCUUCUUCUCUUUUUUCGUGCGUCAGUCGAACGCCCAGGCCGGUCAGUCAGUUGAUGCCGAGAUUGGACGCUGUGGCUUGCAGAGAAAAAUCAGCCCGUCUGCGUGUGCCCCACACAGGACCUGGCCACCGGCAUGACAAACCAGGAUUCCAUACGAAGGGUGAUCUUUUGGGAUCUCACUUGUGUUCGAACAGCAGAGGGACCACAUGGAGAAGGAAGCUGAAGAGCACGAUUCCCACUUGCUUUAGAGGUGCCGAUUUCCUUUUUGUAAUGCACGAUGAGGAUCCGGUUUCCGCGGUGUGUGUGUGAGUGGGGAGCUACGCAGUGAUAGAGUUUGAUCGGCUGUGUUUACCGCAGGUUUCCAUGCAUGCGCGUGUGGGCCGAGAAGAUCCAUGCGGCGACAGAAUGUGGGGGACCAGUCUAGGUCGUUAAGACAGGUGCGACGGCUCGGAUUCUCACUUGAAUCCAUCAUCAGAGAGGGUUGACACUGUUAGCUUUGGAGAUUCGGCGGAUGCACUUCCAAUCGCACGUAUCCACAGCCACUGUUCACGGACUUCUCUUCGCCGACGACUGCGCACCUCGGAAGAGGACAUGCAAAGGAGCAUAGAUCUUUCCUCCGUCGCCUGCGAGAAUUUAAGUCUGGUCAUCAACACGGAGAAGACGGUGAUCAUGCACCAACCGUCAUCGAACACAGACCCUCCGCACAAUGCACCGCAGAUGAGCGUGAACGGAACCCAACUGCAAGUGGUGGAAUAUUUCCCGUAUCUGGGCAGUACCCUCUCCCGCGGCAGGAGAAUCAACGUGAAUUAUCCCGCCGGAUUUUGAUGAUCAGUCAAGCCUUCGGCCGCCUCCAAAGCACAGUUUUGAAUCGUCAUGGUCUUCAGCUCAGCAUGAAGCUGAAGAUGUACAAGGCCGUUAUCCUCUCGACGCUUCUGUACGGAGCUGAGACUUGGACGGUGUGCACUAAACAUUCAUGCUGACUCAGCCAUUCCCACCUCAACUGUCUUCAUCGCAUCCUGAAGCUGCGGUGGCAGGAUCAAAUUCCCGACACCGAUUUAUUGGAGCGGACGGAUAUCCUCAGCAUCUACACCAUGAUGAGACAACUAGAGCUGCGUUGGUGGGACCACCUCGCGCGGAUGGACGACGAGCGGGUACCCAAACGACUCUUCUACGGAGAUGUCGCCACGGCUCCUGCCGACAAGGUGCCAAGACUGUAG